AUGAUUUAUUCCAAUUUUGAUAUAUUAGAUAAACCAUGGUGGAAAUUACCAUUCGAUGAACGUAAUAAUGAAUUUUUAAUUAAACAAUCAUUAUAUUUUAAACAACUUAUAAAAGAUUCUAUUAAUCAAAAUGAUAAAAUUUUAUGGGACGGAUAUGUGAUUUUACAUAGGGAAAAAUAUUUGCUUGAAUGUGUUUCGACUGAAAAUAAUAUAGAUUAUAAAAAGCUUGAAAUUAUUUUAGUUAAAUCUUGGUUUUUUGAUAUUUUUAUACAAGAAAAGGAUAGACGUGUGGCUAGAAAAAUUAGAAAUCUGCAUAGUGUAAUUAAAAAAAUAUUUCCAUCAAUAUUUUUUCCUGAAUUAUCUAUAAAUGAAUUUACACCAAAAUUAGCAAUAAAUAUUCAUAAAGAAAUUGGUAAAGGGAUUAUUGAGAAUGUAGGAGAAUAUAGAAAAAAACUCACCAUGGCCGCUGAAGAUAAUUUUAUUUAUAUGUCACCUGGUUUAAUUGAAGAAAGUAUGAAUAAAUUAUUUAAAUCAACAAGAGAGAAAUUUGAAAAAGAAGAAUUGGAAUUGGAAGAAGUAGUAAAAUAUGGAGCAUGUUUUUUUUCUAAAUUUUUGUUAAUACAUCCUUUUAUGAAUGGAAAUGGACGGGUAGCUAGAAUACUUUUAAGUUACAUUCUUUCUAAGUAUACUAUAGUUCCACUUUCUCUAUAUUCUGGUAUGAAAACACGAGAUAUAUAUCUUCAAUGUUUAAGGGAAGCACAAUGGUAUAAAAAAUCAAAUGAGCCCAGUGCAUUAGCUAGAUAUAUUCUUGAAUGUAUUUAUAAAACUUUAUAUAAUAUCUGUGUAGUUAUGGAUAUUGAUAUCAAAUAUUAA